ACGACGAGACGAGAAAAGAAACCCUUUGGAAGUGACUGACGCACACACAUCAGACGCGUUCCUCGUCCGUUUCGUAUUUUGUUUUUGUUUCUCGUAUGUGGAAGGUUUUCUUCGUCUAAAUUUUUUUUGCGCAUCGCAUCGCCGCAUUUCCGCUAUCUGCGCGGGAAGAAAAAUUUUGCAGGGAUUUCCGGUUGUUCGCCGUUGUGCUUAGAUCCUCGUGCGGCAUUUUUUUGCGAGCGAGGAUGUUGCCGGUUUUCAACAUGGUCACGGCGGUGUGGGACAAAUUCAUCGAAUCGCACGAAUACGUCAUGAAUCUAGGAGAUCCACGGACGAAAGAAUGGUUGUUCGUCAAGAGUCCGCUGUAUCCUGUGAUGUUCCUGGUGAUGUUCUACAUGCCCCUCGUGAUGCACGGCCCAAAAAUCAUGGCCUUCUUCAAGCCGAUCGAAGCGAAACGAGCCCUUUUUGCAUUCAACGUAUUCCAGAUCAUGUACAGCACGUUCAUGUGGACUGAGUUUUUGUACCUAGCUGUCUCCAUGAAGUACAGCUUGCGGUGCGAACCGGUUAAUUCCUCCACGGGACCUCUUGAGGCGCGGAUGGCUGCGUGUAUCUGGCAUUUCUACAUGUCGAAAAUCAUUGAUCUGAUCGACACGUUCCCCUUCGACCCAGUAGACCUUGGAAACAAGCAUUUCUCCCACUUGCGACCCGGUUCUGGGUCCGUCCCGGAAAUGCGAUCCCAUGCUGACGCCUCAUCCGUCAUUCUGCACCCGACGUAUGUAGUUAAGGAGCCUUAA